AUGGGCAACACAUCGAGUCUGAAGAGCCAUAUGUCAAACGCCGAGAGGAGUGGAGUGUUUCAGUUGACCAAAACAAGUCUCACUGAAUUCCCCACCGAUUUGUCGCGUUUGGCCGCAAACCUGCGGACACUCGACCUCUCCUACAAUAAGUUGCGGUCAAUACCACCGAUGAUCGCACACUUCCAACAACUCAAGAGCCUAUCGCUGGUCAGCAAUCGCUUGGUUUCGUUGCCGCCAGAGAUUUGCCAAUUGGCGCGACUGGAAGUGCUGUCACUCAGCGAUAACGCCAUCAAACAGUUGCCGCCAUCGAUGGCCAAACUGGUGAACCUGCGGUCAGUGAUGUUGGCCAACAACCAGUUGACUGCAUUUCCCACAGUCUUCGCGGGUCUCAAACAUCUAGAUUUCCUCGACUUAUCCCACAAUCAGAUCACUGAAGUGCCCGACGAAGUGAAGCACCUGUUUGUGUCGGAACUGAAUCUGAAUCAAAACCAGAUAUCAGUGCUCUCCGAGUCGGUGGCCGAGUGUCCCAAACUCAAGAUCUUAAGGCUGGACGAGAACUGUUUGCAAUUGUCGGCCAUAACCGAGAAUAUGCUGAAGAACACGAAGAUAUCGCUGUUGGCAGUGGACGGCAAUCUCUUUGAGUUGAAAGACAUUCACCACUUAAACGGUUACGAGUCUUAUAUGGAGAGGUAUACCGCGACUAAGAAGAAGAUCAUGUGA